UAUAUUAUGUGUUAAAGAGCACCUCGGAUCACAUUAUUCGCGGAGCGAUGCUCCGAUCUCGAGCCUCCGUUUUCUGCUUCGAAGCGAUCGCACGACGCUCUCCUCCGAAACGACCCUUCCUCCAAUUUCCCCGACCAAAUCGCCGUACUUAUCCAAACCCUAGCCACAGAUCUUGGAGAGGUCGGAAUUGUGGAAUUAGCUAUAGAUCGAUGUCGACCGAAGCAAAUCCUUCCUUCGUUGCAACACAUUCGUUAGCUCAACAAGCCGUGGAGGUCGAAUUACUACCCGGAGCCGAUGAUGGCCACAGCGGUGUGAUUGUUGAGAUGAACGAACCGAUGAGUGUUGAGGCUUUUGUUUCGUCUCUUAGAGCUUCCUUAUCUGUUUGGAAGGAGCAGGGAAUAAGAGGAGUGUGGAUAAAAUUGCCCAUCAAGCUUGCCAAUCUUGUUCAACCUGCCGUCGAGGAGGGAUUCUGGUACCACCAUGCAGAGCCAACCUAUCUGAUGCUUGUUUAUUGGAUUCCUGACACUAAACAUACAUUGCCUGUAAAUGCUACGCACCGCGUGGGUAUUGGUGCUUUUGUGAUGAAUGAUAAAAAAGAAGUGUUGGCAGUUCAAGAAAAAAGUGGCAAAUUUCGUGGCUUAGGUGUAUGGAAGUUUCCUACAGGUGUUGUCGACCAAGGUGAAGACAUAUUUGCUGGGGCAAUAAGAGAAGUCAAAGAAGAAACAGGUAUUGAUACCGAAUUUCUCGAAGUUCUUGCAUUCAGGCAAAGCCACAUGUCAUUUUUUGAGAAGUCAGAUUUGUUCUUUAUAUGCAUGCUCCGCCCGCUUUCAUUUGACAUUCAAAAGCAGGAAUCAGAAAUCGAGGCAGCACAGUGGAUACCAAUUGAGGAAUUUACUGCACAGCCAUUUGUUCAGAAACACGAGCUUUUGAAGUACAUCAUCCGGGUUGGUGUGGCAAAGGCAGAGAAUGCAUAUGCUGGAUUUGUACCAGUCAGUAUAGAAUCAGCAUUCACUAGCAGGAAAAGCAAUUUGUAUCUGAAUCUUCGUGAUAUGAAGCAUCCACAAAGUGGAAGCUCUUAAAGCAUGUUAAUGAAGGUGGCAUGGCAAAAGCUGAGAAUAUUUAUGCUGGAUUUUCACCUGGCUCAUAGAAGGAGCCUCGAAAGCGAAACAAAUCUAUAUUUGAAUUCCUCAUAUAUUUAAAGCAAAUGUAAAAUGAAUAUAGCUAUAUCCAUACAACACACAUUUUAAUUAAUUUUCCACGGGCUUUUAGUGCCAAAUUAAUUUAAUUGAAGUGAAUGUGGCCUAGUAUUUUUUUUUUUCAGGAGGUGAAAUUGUAAUCGUCCUCUGUAAACUGUUCAGUUUAUGCUUGUAAAAAGGAAAAAAAGUAAGCCGUUAA